UAACACAUUCAGGGCAAAUAGCAAAAAGGUGCCACACUUCAAUGUGUUUUUGGCAGAAUCGGGAAAGAACAUUUAAUCUGUUAAGGCAGUUUUGUCCUUUUUAAGUUAUGAAGUACAUACAUGGUGUAAAUGUGCUCUUAUUUUGUAGUUUUAAAAAUUUCAAAUCUGUUUCUAUUCUGUUUAAGUUGUAGAAUUAAAAUCAGAUGAGGAUGAGUUAGUUAUUUAGGCUCAUUGUACAACACAAAUUUUGAUUUUUUAUUUUUUUUUUAACAGAAAAAAAUAAUGUUUUUCCCCAAAAUGUAUUAAGUUUGCAGACAAUCCCCCUGUGCUUCAUUGUAUUUGUUCAACAGGGAGAUAAAGUGAGGAGGGCGUGUGAUGAAGAGGAGGGGUUACAGGCUGGGAGGGUGUGGGCUGCAGACAGAGCAGUGGUGGGGUUGGCUGGAUCGCGAUAGUGACAGAUGUCCAGAGAAUCGCGAGGGGCACUCCUCAGUUGCAGCACACCGCAGCACGGAGAGCAGGGCCGGACUCAUCUGCACUAAGCUCCACCAAGCUUUCAUUCAACAAUACCUUGGAAAGGAGGCCCGGUUCUUUUUAUUCCAGGAGAAGUCCAGGAAACAUCAUGGGAGGCAAACUGAGCAAGAAAAGAAAAGGAUACGAUGUGAGCGACCCGAAAGAUAAGAAGAAUGAGACCGCUGCAUCUGAGUCCAAUGUGGAAGAGUCCGCAAAUGUGGAAGACGGAGCUCCAUCUGCAGAUGCAACAGCUGGGGAGGGUGCUGUAGUGGAGGAGCCUGCUGUGUCAGCUGAGGCAGCACCAACUGAAGCUGCCACACCUCCAGAAGAGCCCAAAUCUCCACCCCCAGAAGAUGAAGCCUCUGGAGGUAAGGAGGCAGGUGCUGUUGAGAAGAAAUCAGCAGCAGCUGAAGCACCUCCAGCACAGGAAACGUCAGCUCCUGUUGUAGAAGAAAAAGCUCCUGUGGCAGAAAAGUCUGCUUCACCUGAAGAACAACCAGUUACACAUGCAAAGGAACCUGCACAAGAAAAAGCUGCUGAUGUUGAGGAAAAAGAGACAGUGACAGAGGUUGCUAAAACCCCAGAUGACACUAAAUGUGCAGAAGAACCAGCUCCUGUCACAACAGAGGAUGCUCCCCCAGAACAGAAAUCUGAACCAGUAGACACUGCUCCUGUUGUUGAGGCAAAAGUUGCUGCAGCAGUUGAAGCAGCCACUGUUAAUGAAGAAACACCACAUGACACAAUAGAAAAAAUAGCUGCUGCAACAGAAGAACCAGCUCCUGCUGAAGAACUACCUUCACCUACAGAAAAGGAAGCAGAGAAAGCUGGAUCACAGAUAAAUGAUGUAGAAGCAGAAGUAGAGGAUCAAGCAACAGCAGAGCUACCAAAAGCUGAAGAAGCAGCACAGGAAUCUUCAGCUCUGGAAGCAGAAAAUGAUGAGCUGGCUAAGGCUGAGCCCAAGUCUGCUGCUCCACUUGAAGAACCCAAUGUAGAGGUUUCUCCUGUAUCGACAGAACCAGUUCCAGAACCAAAAGCUAUUGAGCCAGAAGAAGCAGUGAAAGAGACAAUUGUGCCUGAUCUAGAACCAGAGGCUGAGUCAGAGCCAGAACAAGCGCUGGAGUCAGAAACUAAGCCAGAGCAAAGCCCUGAGACAGAUCCAGCAACUGAGACCACAGUAGAGCCAGAACAAGAUGAGCCAAAGGUAGCACCAGAAACGGAACCUAAACUACCAUCUGAGCCCGUGUCUACAGAGCUGCCCCAACCAGAGCAAAUCACAGAGCCAGAAGAAUUGCAGCAAGUGGGACAACAGGUCCAGGUAGAGAAUGGAGCAGAAGAACCUGAACCACGUGGAGCCAUAUCUGAGUCUGUGGAAGCAGAAACAUUGGAAUCUGUGAAAGCUACUCCAGAGAUGACCAUCUCUGAAAAUGUAUCUGUGGUAGCAGCAGAGCCUGUCCCUGACAUCAUCGUCUCAGACUCUGUCCUUGCCUGUGACAUGAAUGCUGAGUCGGAAGAGCCUGCCUUGCCUUGCCCAGAGCCAGAGGUUGAAAGCAAGAUGGAAAAUGGAAACUUGGAGAGCCCAUCUGCUACAGAGGACGUGGCAGACCCAGUCAAUGGAGAGCUUGGAGAACACUCUUCUGCUCCAGCAGAGGAAUGUGUAAAUGGAAAUGAAGAACAGGAGGAGACACCAAUCAAAGAGCAGAGUGAUUUUGAGCUGAAAAAGGAUGUGACCCUGUGCGGAGAUGCCCAGGAAGUUCCUCCAUCAGGUAUGAUGGAUGGUCUGAGCACAGAGGUCACCCAGGCAGUCUGAGAAGAAAAAGAAAAGUUCUUGUAUGUCACUGUAAAUGUAAUCAAUUUGUUGUUGGUCCAAGAAAGCCAUCAAUCCAAAAAGGCUUUCCAGAGUGCUGUAACCACUAAAUUCUUUUUCGUGGCUGCUCAGGACAAGGAUACUUUCUAUUGAGUAACCAAAAGUGAAACGCCACCACUCAAGGACCCAGAGUGACGGGAAACACGCAGGCAAGAUGGCAGUGAGACGGAAAUGCAGAGAAGAGACUUUUGCGCAAAGGUUGCAACUCAACGGCAUGAACAAAAAAUACUGAACAGUAGAUAUGGUUUAAAUAAUAAAUGAAUCUGUGUGUGUGUGGCUGCAAAAUGCCGCACUAUGGUCUUUGAAAAACAUCCAUUACUAGCAUUUUACUGGAUCUAGAUUCCCAUAUAUCCUUUCUAUUAUCACAUGGAGUACAAUGACAUGAUGUGUUGGCCUUUUUUAAUGAUGGUACCUGUAAGGACUGUUCAUUUUAAAGUGAUUGUUGAGAAUAGAUAAUAAAGAGAGAUUGUUGUAGUCCACACUUA